UGCGACGAGCCGGGGCGGUCUAUGCGGGCUCUCUUCCCCUGAAGUUAAGCACGUGUGGUAAUUGGAUACUCGAUACGUUGUGUAGCCUCUGUGCUGUUUGUAGCCUUCCUCUGGUUCGUGGAUCGGGUACAUGCAUACAUCAGGCUCCCUUGGUCUGCCUCGCCGUUCAUCACGUUCGUAUAUCUUCAAGACGACAGUCAGGCCUCAAAGCUCCUUCGGCCUUCCAUACUUUCGAGAUCCCCAAACCUGCACCGUCGUUUACUUUACCCGCCAUACCAUUUCACUCCUUGCAACCAAAAUGUCGAUCUUGCUUCUCUCGAUGUUUCUUCUUCGUUCCCGCCUUACUGCUGCGGCACCACUCCAAAAUUAUACUUCCUCGAGCAACGAAACCGCACCAACUUGGGUGUCGGCUCCUUCGGGGCGGGGAACAUGGGAUAUUCUGGGAAGUUGUUUGUCUACCCUCGGUCUCUGCGUUUGGAAGUCACUCCAUCUCAAUGUCCCAGCGAUGGAUGAGUCUGAUUGGACUAAAUACCUCCGGAAGGCGAAGUGGGUCGUGAUAGCGCUCUUGGCUCCAGAAGCGGUUGUAUUUGCAGGCUUCGAACAAUGGGUAGUUGCACGGUCCUUUCUCAAGGAGCUUCAGCAUCUUUAUGAAAAGAAUUCUCACGGCAAGGAAUUAGCUCGCGGCUUCCCAAAGGACAAAUUCGACAUGGAGUAUGCGAUGUAUGCUGUGAUGGGAGGCUUUAUCGUGGAAAUCGGCCACCUGCAUAACAAAUUGAAGUUCGCCACCCUCAACCCCAACGGCAUAUUGCUUCUCGCAAAGGAAGGGAAAUUUGUUUCACCAUACCCCGGGUCCAUAUCAUCCAAAAGCCAGAUGGAUAUCCUCACCAAAGCUUUUGUAUGCUGCCAAGCACUCUCAUUCCUAGGCCAGGUCAUCGAACCGAAGGUUGCGCACCUGACGAUCAGCCUUCUUGAGUUGAAUACUGCGGUUCACAUUGUCGGUACUGUUGUGAUGUAUGCUUUCUGGAUUCGAAAGCCUUACAAUAUUCAGGAUCCAACGCUUGUCGCUUUGGAUGACCAACCGGAUUUGUUGGCCUUUAUCGUCACAAGCUCGCAAUGGCCACAAAGCAGCGGAUUUGAAACAGCGAAGCCCACGAGGCGACGAGACAGAAUACCCUGCCGGAUUUUGGGCUCUGCCGACCCCCCCCCUUCGCCUGGUUUGGCAGUUCAAUAGAGGAUUCAGCAACCUCGGACGAAAUUAUCGAUAACAUGCCCAAAAUGAUAAGCGAUGGUGACCAGAGUCAGAACACUUCUACCAGUAGCGACAAUUCGCUGGAGAGAUGUCUUGUCACUACUCGAUGCGAAUCGUCGGAACCAGAUCGACAAGCCCUAUGUUACCCCAAUAUCGC